CCCGCCCCCGCCCUGCGCGCCCGGCUGUCGCGGUGCUGGGCCAGGUCGGGUAGCGGAGGCCGCGGCGGGAAGCAGGGAGGAGUGCCAGGGGGGCACAGCGGGAGAUGGGCUCUGGCUAACACCUUUUACACUUACAACCAGGCCCUGCUGUGUUAGCCAGCGGGGCAGACAGAAUGACCCCUGAGAACCAGUCAAAGGACAAGAAGCAUGUGAGGGUGUAUGAGCAUCAGCAAGAGGAAGAUGCAAAAUCAACUGGGAAGAGGAAACGAGACCAUGGAGAACUGGAGAAUGAGCCGCAAGCAAAAAGAUUGUUUCUGAGAAAAGCAGCCAAGCCCUCAGGGAAAAUUGGCUGGGCUGAAGGUGGUUCCAUGUUCGGAAACACAGGGGUGCUCUUCCAUCAGGUGGAGAGGCAGUGCAGCAUCAUCCACUACAUCUACCAGAACAUGCUGGGUGGCUCUAUUCGAGCACAGCUCAGGCAGUGUCUCCAGCUUCCCUUUGUGCGUUCUCUUACUUCAUACCGCCUCUUCCGAACAGCGAGUCCCUUUGACAGGAGAGUGACAUGUCUGGAGUGGCAUCCAACUCACCCCAGCACUGUGGCUGUGGGGUCCAAAGGUGGAGACAUCAUCCUGUGGGACUACGAAGUACUGAAUAAAACCUGUUUCAUAAAAGGGAUGGGAGCUGGAGGGGCCAUCACAGGAAUGAAGUUUAACCCUUUUAAUCCUAGUCAGCUGUACACAUCAUCAAUUGCUGGCACUACCACCCUGCAGGAUUUUACUGGCAAUACACUCCGGGUCUUCACCAGCACCGAGGACUGGGAUUUCUGGUACUGCAGUGUUGAUGUGUCUGCGAGUUGCCGGACCGUGGUGACAGGCGAUAAUGUGGGUAAUGUGGUCCUGCUCAGCACCGGUGGUGAAGAGAUUUGGAAGCUGAAAUUACAUAAGAAGAAAGUGACUCAUGUGGAGUUUAACUCGCGCUGUGAUUGGCUCCUGGCUACAGCUUCUGUGGACCAGACAGUCAAAAUCUGGGACCUGAGAAACAUCAAAGACAAGUCAAGUUUCCUUCAUGUGCUGCCUCAUGACAAACCUGUCAAUGCUGCUUAUUUCAGCCCAACGGAUGGUGCUAAACUCCUGACCACAGACCAGCAUAGUGAGAUCCGAGUCUAUUCCUCUUCAGAUUGGACCAAACCACAGCAUCUGAUCCCACAUCCGCAUCGGCAGUUCCAGCACCUCACACCUAUCAAGGCGACAUGGCACCCUCGUUAUGACCUCAUUGUGGCUGGUCGCUACCCAGACCCUAAGUUCCCAGGAUACACAGUGGAUGAGCUGCGAACUGUUGAUAUAUUUGAUGGAAACACUGGGGAGAUGGUGUGCCAGCUCCAUGACCCGAAUGCAUCUGGCAUUAUCUCGCUCAAUAAGUUUAACCCUAUGGGAGAUACACUGGCCUCUGGUAUGGGCUUUAACAUUCUGAUCUGGAGUCGGGAAGAGAUGGUGACCAAGAAACAGGAGCAUCUCUUGAAAGCUAUGACAGAGCAGGGAAUGGGAAGCAGGAGCUUGUCCAGGCAUGGGCUCCAGAAGCAGUCAAACCCAAGGGCAAGCAAACUCAAAACGAAGCUGCUCGCUCUGGAACUAGAGGGGACUAAAACAAAGGGCAAAGAUCCCAAAUCACAGGGCAGGAAGCGGAAGGAUCUGGAGGAUUGAGCAGACACCUCCAGGCUUUCUAGAUCAUGCUGGACAAAGCCAGCUCUGGCACAGUGGGCAACAUUUAUCCUGAGGGGCACCCAGCCUUCUGCUUUGUCCUUCCUUGCUGGGUAGGAAGUUGCUGCUUGUACUCUCUGCUUUCCCCUCUAGAGGGUAGUGUCAUUGCUCAGCUCCUCCUCCUGUGUGGGUGACACAUUUUAUCAAGCACUAUGGGAGCCUGAAUGUCGUCAUGCCCUGUGCUGGCAUCCAGUUAAUGGAACCACAAAAAGAAGCAUUAUGCUUAUGUGUGAUUCUUGUUCUUUAAUUAUCUGGGUCAGUGGCUAUGAGGUCAAUGGGGGAGCAGCCAGGGCUGAGCUGGGCCUCUGCUGAUGCUGUAGUUUAUAUCUUCAGAGCUUUAGUCUCUCUCCUGCAGUGCACCAGCCAGCACCGUUUUCAGUCUUGUACCCCAAAAUGUGGGGAUAGGUGUUCCCAAAGUGGAACCUGAGGACUGCCUUCCCCACCCCCCUUCUCAUAUAGCGAUAUCUCAGGGCUGCUGUUAACCUACAAGUUUUUAUGUUUGAAAGUUAGCCUGUUUACAAUGCUGCCUGGGGCAUAGGUGGAGAAUCUGCCCUCGCCAGGGCUCAGGCCCUGCUGGGAGGCUUUGUUAAUUUCAUGGUGUUUAUAAUAUUCAAGUGUUAAUAAAGUUUUGUACAAAACAGGCUUUCUUCCUUGAGAGAGUGGCCACCUCAGGGGCUUUGAUGAAUGGCCUGUUGUGAGGAGCUCUUAAGCCCACCCCAGCAGGAGUUGACAGCUAGCAGGUUGCUGGGGGGGAGGGGGGGGGCAUAUGUGCUAAUGUAGCUCCUACAAAAGGCUCUUGUGAAAAGAGAUGAAUUCACUUACAAACUGAAGUAUCUGCUUUUUGCAGAGUAGCAGGAGACAAAAAUACUAUGAAGAGAAUCAUAAAACAUAGGGAAAUGACCUCUGCUCUUCCCCUGCUUUGGGUGGGGUUGUUCAUAGCAGGAUUUCUCCCUCUCUUCGUGUUGCCUCUCCUGCUCCAUUUUUGUCCUGUGAAAAGGUGAAGGUUGCAAUAGCUUCCACAUUAAAUGCAGAGCCUAACAGGCCUAGGCCUCUAUGAUCCCACAUAGCAGAAGGAGUAGCAGGAGCCCAGUCUCACUUUGAUUUUAAUGAAGAAAAGGCAAGAGGUAAUGGAACAGAAUUACAGAAACUCAGUCAAAGUCUAAAUCACUGUAGAAGCCUUUCCUCCAUGUGUGCAAAAUCUGCUGCCUUUAAAAAUAGCCCCUUCUGCUACACAGGCCCCUGUGAUGGCACUUCCAUGCAUCUUUCUCCUUCAGUCCUGUUCUCAUGAGCAGCUGCUUGUUCUUUGUGACUGUGUUUUGCUCUUUAGGAGAACUAAAUUGUAUCUCCAAGUGAGAAACAGGUAAGGCAGUUGCUGAGAGCAGCAGGCUGGUUCUGCUGCAUUAGAGUUCUCAUACUGGUAGCAGCCUGUAAAAUUCCCCACGGUGAAGUGGAAGGAAAGAAAAGGAAGCCUGCUCGUAGCCUCCACUGCCAGGAAGGGAACUGGACCAGAAAAGGAACUAAAACUAGGAAGUGAAUGUGCAACAUCACCCUAUGAGGAGCCAGAGCCUCUGGUGCCUGCUGCAACCUCACUCUUUACCAGAAACUGUAGCAGAGGGCAGAAGAUGAUGACUGCUAGCCAUUAAUAUUCUCAACACCUGUUGUAGUCUGCAGGGAGAUCCCUGCAACCUCCACGCAGUUGGCCUCAGGAAAGAGUCACCUUUAGUGACUCAUCUAGAAGAUCCAGGUGAUUCACCCUGACAGGUGCAUAGUGACCUAGGGUCACUUGCAUGUCCCACCUAUUAAGCUGAGCAUUUAUUUUUUAAAUUACACUAAUGGGGGGGAUAGGGAAAAAAACUAGCAAGGUUGGCACGUGUCCCAGUUUUGGAGUAAACUGUUCUCCUACAUGGUCUUUAAUUGCAGUGUAAAAUUUUCUGCCUGCCAUGCACAUUUGUUUGGCCCACAGUCAACAUCUGCACCCAUAGUGUGGUACAGGGGCUGUAGCUACAGGCAGCCUGUGGCAUUCACAGCUGAGGGAGGUCAAAACAAAAGGCUGUAAUUUUAGAGAAA